GCUGAACCAUCCCAACGUGGUCAGAGCCUGUGAGGUUCCUGAGGAGAUGAACUUCCUGGUGAAUGAUGUUCCUCUCCUGGCCAUGGAGUACUGCUCAGGGGGUGACCUCCGCAAGCUGCUAAACAAACCAGAAAACUGCUGUGGGCUGAAGGAAAGUCAAAUCCUUUCUCUGCUUAGUGACAUUGGGUCUGGUAUCCAGUAUUUGCAUGAGAACAGAAUUAUACACAGAGAUUUAAAGCCUGAAAAUAUUGUUCUUCAGGAUGAAGGUGGGAAGAUUGUUCACAAAAUAAUAGACCUGGGAUAUGCAAAGGAUCUGGAUCAAGGAAGUUUAUGCACUUCAUUUGUUGGAACAUUGCAAUAUCUGGCUCCAGAACUCUUUGAGAACAAAUCCUACUCAGUUACUGUUGAUUACUGGAGCUUUGGGACAAUGGUGUUUGAAUGCAUUGCAGGAUUUAGACCUUUCUUACAUAAUCUGCAGCCAUUUGCCUGGCAUGAAAAGAUUAAGAAGAAAGACCCAAAGCACAUCUUUGCCUCAGAGGAGAUGAACGGGGAGGUUCGCUUCAGCACCCACCUGCCACAGCCUCACAGCCUCUGCAGUUUGAUUGUAGAACCCAUGGAAAACUGGUUGCAGCUGAUGCUGAACUGGGAUCCACAGCAGAGGGGUGGAGGUUCAGAUCCUGAGAGCAUUCGUCCGAGGUGUUUCCUGCUCAUGGAUCACAUACUGAAUCUGAAGAUAGUACACAUCCUAAACAUGACCUCUGCCAAGAUUGUGUCCUUCCUUUUGCAUCCUGAGGAAAGCCUUCACUCCCUUCAGAAUCGUAUUGAGUUUGAGACUGGAAUAAGCACAGGAAAUCAGGAGCUGCUGUUGGAAACAGGGAUUUGCCUGGACCCUAGGAAACCUGCUUCCCAGUGUGUUAUUGAUGGUGUGAGAGGCUGGGACAGCUACAUGGUCUACUUGUUUGACAAAAGCAAAACUGUCUAUGAUGGCCCCUUUGCUUCUCGGAGUCUGUCUGACUGUGUCAACUACAUUGUGCAGGACAGCAAAAUCCAGCUGCCAAUCCCGCAGCUGCGCAAGGUGUGGGCAGAAGCGGUGCACUACGUCAUUGGGCUGAAGGAGGAUUACAGCAGGCUCUUCCAGGGACAGAGAGCUGCCAUGCUCAGCCUCCUUCGGUACAACGCCAACCUGAUCAAAAUGAAGAACAACAUGGUGUCAGCAUCCCAGCAGCUGAAAGCAAAGCUGGAAUUCUUCCACCAGAGCAUUCGCCUCGACCUGGAGAGAUACAGUGACCAGAUGGCUUAUGGCAUAUCUUCAGAGAAGAUGCUCAAAGCCUGGAAGGAAAUGGAAGAGAAAGCCUCUCAGUGUGCCCAGGCUGAAGACAUUGGCCACCUGGAUGAGCAGAUCAUGGCCCUGCACACGGAGAUCGUGGAGCUGCAGAAGAGCCCGUACGCCAGGCGCCAGGGAGAGGUCAUGGAGAGCCUGGAGCAGAGAGCCAUAGACCUGUACAAGCAAUUAAAAGCACGACCUCCAGAUCAUGCCUACAGUGACAGCACAGACAUGGUGAAGAUCAUUGUGCAGACAGUGCAGAGCCAGGACCGAGUCCUCAAGGAGCUCUUUGGCCACCUCAGCAAGCUCUUGGGCUGCAAGCAGAAGAUCAUUGACCUGCUCCCUGAGAUUGAAGUGGCUCUGAAUAACAUCAAGGAAGCUGACAACUCAGUGAUGCAGAUGCAGGGAAAGAGGCAAAGGGAGAUCUGGCAUUUGCUGAAAAUUGCUUGUACUCAGAGCUCCUCUCGAUCCCUGGUCAGCUCUAGCCUGGAAGGGACAGCCUCAACUCCAGCAGCCACUUGGCUGCCCCAGGGCUGCUCAGGGAACUCAGCUCCUCACCCUCUGUCCUCUCUGGCAGCUCCUGAAGAUGGGGAGAAUUUUGCUGACAUGAUCCGGGAGAAUGUGAAUUACCUGGAGCUCUUCAGCAGCAUUCUGCAGGAGGUGAGGCAGGAGCAGAACAGCAUGAUGAGUUUCGACUGGAGCUGGCUGAAGUAGCCCCAGGAGCUGAGGU